AACCGCCUGAAAGAUCAAUCGUCGCUGAAAUUCUGAGUUCCGACCGCCAUUACCAGUUUUCUUUUUUGGUUCUUGAAGAAGGUAAUAUCUUCGAUUAACAGACAAUGGCUGAGAAUUGCAAGAUAUUGAUCAUCGGAGGGACUGGCUACAUCGGGAAGUUCAUCGUGGAAAUGAGCGCUAAGUCUGCGCACCCGACCUUCGCUUUGAUCAGGGAGAGCACCGCUUCUGAUCCUGCCAAAGCCCAGCUCUUCGAGGCUUUUAGGAAAGCUGGGGUCACCAUACUCCACGGAGAUCUUUACGAUCACGAGAGCUUGGUGAAGGCGAUCAAGCAGGUUGAAGUGGUCAUCUCUACCGUGGGUGACGCGCAGUUAGCAGAUCAAGUGAAGAUCAUCGCUGCCAUCAAGGAAGCUGGAACCGUGAAGAGGUUCUUCCCAUCAGAAUUCGGGAAUGAUGUGGAUCGUGACCAUGCUGUUGAACCUGCAAAGACAGCGUUUGGGAUCAAGGCUCAAAUCCGCCGGGCUGUUGAGGCUGAAGGGAUACCCUACACCUAUGUCUCUUCCAACUUCUGUGCUGGCAAAUUCCUUUCUAAUCUGUCACAGCCCGGAGCCACUGUACCUCCUAGAGACAAGGUCGUCAUAUUAGGAGAUGGAAAUCCCAAAGCAAUUUUCAACACGGAGGAGGACAUUGCCACCUUCACAAUUAAAGCUGUGGAAGACCCAAGAACUUUGAACAAGAUCCUCUACAUCAGGUCAUCAUCCAACAUUUAUUCAUUCAAUGACCUCGUGUCUCUCUGGGAGAAGAAGAUUGGCAAGACCCUUGAAAGGGUCUAUGUUCCAGAGGAGCAAGUACUCAAAAACAUCCAAGAAGCUCCUGUUCCGGUGAAUAUGAUGUUGGCGAUUGGACAUUCGGUUUUUGUGAAGGGAGACCAUACCAACUUCGAGAUAGAUCGUUCAAUUGCUGUGGUGGCGUCUGAGCUUUAUCCUCAUGUACCAUGCACCACCGUGGAUAAAUACCUCAAUCAGUUCGCUGGAGAGUCUUCGCACUCUUCUUCAAAAUAGUGUUCAGUGUUGGGCUGCACUGUA